AUGAGUAAUAUUGAAUCUUUUGAUGUUAUCAUUAUUGGUGCUGGUUUUGCUGGUCUUUCAGCUGCUAAAUAUCUCACGUCGAAAUCAGUUCGAUGUCUUGUAAUUGAAGGUCGAGCUCGUAUUGGCGGAAGAACAUUGAGCGAAAAAGUGUUUGACGAAAAAUGGACAAUUGACUUAGGCGGACAGUGGAUCGGACCGAAACAAAAGCGAGUUUUAUCAUUAAUCGAUCAAUUCAAUCUUCAUUUAGUUGAACAAACAUGGUAUCAUCAAGAUCCGUCACAUUUAGGACAACAACUUGGUUUAUCGCCGUUAACCAAUGAUCAGUUAGAUGCGAUUGAAAAAAUCUGCUCUGAAUGCGACACAAUGUCAUUGGAAUUAGCAGAUGUUGAGCAUGCUUUGGAGUAUGAGAAAAGUUCUGAAUGGUCGCAAAUAUCUGUUGCACAAUUUAUUCACGACCAUCCAUUAGUGAAAGAUUAUCGAACUGAACAGGAAUUAAAACUUCACAUAUUAACAUUAACUGCGUGUGACGCAGAAAAUGUUUCAUUAUUGUACUGGUUAAUAUUAAUUCGCUCGAUACCUGGUGGAUUAAAUAGUUUAGAUGACGGCUUAAAUGGCGCUCAACAUUAUAAAAUAUCAUCUGGCACUCAAAAUCUUUGUUACCGAAUGUCUGAACAUGAAAACAUUCGCUUAAACGAUCCUCUCGUGUCGAUUAAUUAUCAGUCGAAUGACGAAAUCCUUCUGAAAAUGAAAUCAGGUGUCGAAAUUCAAUGUCGUCGUCUUCUUUUAGCAUUUUCUCCUUCGCUACUUUCAACAAUCGACUUCUGCCCAUCGUUAUCGACGAACAAUUACUGUUCAAUGACCAUGGGACAAUGCAUUAAGACGAUCUUUAUCUAUUCAAAGCCAUUCUGGAGAAAUAUUCUAGUCGAUCAAACUGAUAAACAAGGACCCUGUUCAAAUAUAUUCGAAUCCAAUUAUCCCAUUGCACUCAUUGGGUUGGUAUUAGGUGAAAGAGCUUCCUAUUGGUGUAAACGUGAUCAGAACGAACUAAUCGAAUCAAUCAUUGAACAAUAUUCAGUUCUUUACAAUACGAAUGAAAAACCGUUGCAAACAUUCGUUCAAUAUUGGCCAAAAGAAAGUCUUAGUAAAGGCUGUUAUGCUGCUGUUUAUCCAGCAAGUCCAUGCUCGACAUGGAGAAAUCGAACAAAAGCAUUAAUCGAUGGAAGGAUUUGGUUAGCCAGCACAGAAAUGGCUCUGGAAUGGAUUGGAUACAUUGAAGGUGCCAUCGAAGCUGGUGAAAGAUUCGCAGAAGAAAUUCACCGGACACUCUAA